GGGGCGAGCUCCAUGGUGACGUGAAGGCGCUCACGUGACGUGGAGCUGCAGAGCGACGCAGCCUUCAGUGCAGUCGUCACUCCCGUCUGGGUACCUGCUCCCCGGUGUCCUGCGCCCGGCGGGCUGGCGUCAGGCCCGAGGAAAGCGGAGCAGGACUGCGGGCCUAGGUGUCAAGUGUCGCGGCGGCGCCCACACGGCGAGAAUCGGGAGAAGGAGGAGACAGCAAGGAUAGGCCCAGGUACCAGAUCUCUGGAUCCUGCUGCUCAGUACACCAAGCUUUCAGUCUCUCUCCUUGCCUUUGUCUUAUUUGUGUUCAAAGAAAACCAACCAGGAAAAAAAAUCUCAUGGCAAAUAUCCACCAGGAAAACGAAGAAAUGGAGCAACCCAUGCAGAAUGGAGAGGAAGACCGCCCUUUGGGAGGGGGAGAAGGCCACCAACCUGCAGGAAAUAAUAGACGGGGACAGGCUCGUCGACUUGCUCCUAAUUUCCAAUGGGCCAUACCUAAUAGGCAGGUCAAUGAUGGGAUGGGUGGAGAUGGGGAUGAUAUGGAAAUGUUCAUGGAGGAGAUGAGGGAAAUCAGGAGAAAACUUAGGGAGCUGCAGUUGAGGAAUUGCCUGCGUAUCCUGAUGGGGGAGCUCUCUAAUCACCAUGAUCAUCAUGAUGAAUUUUGCCUUAUGCCUUGACUCCUGCCAUUUUCCAUGAGAUUAAUACUGUGAUUCACAUUGUUUUUUUUUUUCCUUGCCUUUUCCUGAUAACCUUUACUGAUCCAUUUGCUGUGAACCAUAUGUAAUUUCCAUGUGUCAGGUGGGUUCUGUAUUACCAGAUUCCAAAUGGGGAUUGCCUUGGCACUCAGUCUAAGUUUCUGUCAACAGUAAAGUCACCCAAUUGCAUGGAAAAGUGUAAAGUUAAUAAAGCAAUUAAA